AGUUUGGAAAGUCCAGGCAUCGUUACAUUGCUCAAAGCACCACAUCCCCGCCCGUGGAUUAUAAACCUACUUUGUUCGAGAUAGACACCUACAUAAAAAUCUUUUGCUGCUCUGCCACCAGACAAGCACACUUCAACCUCCGCCCGAGUGUCUUCACACCCCAGAGACUGAGAUUCAGCUUUCUCCCAACACCUUAAACUUCAGCAGCAGAGAUGGAGGAUUGCGUGACACGGUUUGCCCUUUUUCUGUGCAUCAUCGCUACUACAGCCUUUGCCACAAGUCAGACAUGCACCCCGGUGAUUUCAAAAGGUGAGAAAGGCAGUCCGUGGAUCGUGAAUGAGAUUGGCUGUUGGACCAGUUUUGUCGGAGAGGACAAGGCAGAGGUUCACAUCUUUAAACUGAACUUUAAUAACCCGGAAAAUGCCAUAUUUCAAAUUAACUUGACUGAUGCAAAGCCAAUGCACCUUAUCCUCACAUCUGCAGAAACAGCUUAUGGUUUAUGCUAUCUCAACAGCGAGGUUCACUUGUAUACAAACCAAAACUCCACAAUUACACUACACAAUGCCAAGGAACCAAGUUUUCAGAGAAAUUUCCAUUUGAUACAAGGUUUACCCUCCGAAGAGGAGGAGCUGAUCAAAUGGGCAACAGAGACGUUUGGGGGUGUGACUUCAUUCACUACUCUUAGUAAUGUGGGUCAUAUCACAUCAACAGGAACACAAGGAACCAAGCCAGGCUCUCCAAUCUGUACACUUGAAAUUGAAGAUCUCCUGGAGAAGCAUUUCAUGAAGAUUCAAUCAAAUCCAAUCAAAUUUUGCUUCCCACAGCAGCAGGCCUCAAGUCCUGAAACUGAGCUUCAUAUUAUAAACAUCGCAGAGAAUUCCAGCAUUCGCAAUGUAUCCCUGCACGUGCGUGCAAAGAAGCAGACCCGCGUGUUCAUGAGGGGUCCUCAGGGCACCAUGUGGACCUUCAUCAAUCCACAACACACUUCGUUUGCUUCUAACAAUGAAAUAACGCUGAAUCAUGCCUCAGCCUCGCACAAAAUACCCCCUGCGUUGACACUGACUAGUGAUACUGCAUCAGAUGUGCAAAGGAUGGCUUUGUACCAUUUUAAAGUCCCUACUUUUGUCAGCUAUACUGAAUUGGAAUUAAAAGAAUCGAGGAUUUCACUGGUUCUAAAGAAAAACGAGAGCCCAACAGUUGCACCAAGCGUUCCGGCACCAGGCAAUCCUGUUGCGACAAAUUCCCCCACUCAAAUCCCCAUGGUGAUAAUGCUGUACACCUCUGCAGACUAUCAGACGCCCAUAGACUUUAACACCAAAAUCCAGACCGACAAGAGAAUUUUUGCAGAGAUUUCUGGAAACACUUUAGGGAGUCUAGUCUUGACUUGGAAGGUGACCAAAUGUAUUUUGCGAUCCAAAGGCUCGUGCCUUGCAGAGAAAAACUUGCCCUUCUUUCCAGUGGAUUGCCCCUCAAAUUCUUGUCCUAACAGAGCUCGAUUCGCCUUCUCCAUAGAGCAGCUUCAGGAGCUUUCAUCCACCACAUGGGACAUGGAAUGUGAUGUCAGCUUUUGUUAUACUGAGCAAUGUGCAUAUGGAGGAAAAGCCAGCAGGAAUUUGGAAUUUACCCAACCAUGCCCAGAAACCCCAACCCGACCAUGCAUUAACGGCCUGUCUGGAGUUCUGGGUAUUGCCUUUGGAGGGUUCCUGAUUGGGGUAUUACUUGUUGGAGCGCUGUGGUUUAUCAAAAUCAAAACAGGGUACCCAACUGGACUGGAGAUGAAUUCAACUGUAGUCAAUAUUCCUGGAUGUCCUUGCUCAGGAGCAAAGCGACAACCUGUUUCUACCAACCCAUCCCCCUCUGAGAACAGCAGUGCCAAUGCUAGCAUUGGAAGCACCCAGAGCACACCUACCAGCAGCAUGGCUUGAGAAUGUGGUAUUUUCACCCAGCAGGGCCACCAUCCUCCUUCAAAUUUACCUAUACGGGUUUUGUGCUUCUUCUUUUUUUUUUAAAUCGGUGCCUGAAAAGCAUUUGUUACAUUCCUACUUCUUUAGAUUCUCCUUUAAAAAGCACAACACAUAUCUUUGGCAUAACACCUCUGAAACGGAUGUGAUCUGGGAGCUUGUAAUUGGCGGUGGGGAGGGCUAAGCGAUGGUAACCAAAGUUUAAUCAAUGGCUUCUGACGUUCACCUCUGCUACUUCUCUGUAAAGUCAAGCUCUAAGACAGGAAGUUAAAGAGGGCAAAAGAAAAAAAAUAAAUUGGCUUGCAGCAACAGGAAAAACAAACCAUAUCCCCACAAGAGCUAACAGGAAAUUCACUGCAUUCCUUCCAAUGAAUAUGUGCUUGUGUGAUGGCAGCACAAUAAUAGUCAGACAGGAGACAAAACCAGUCAAAAGACAUACUUUAAACAGAUGAAAAGCUGUUGUGCGCUCACAUCAAGCUACAAAAAUAUGAGGGGCUGUUUGCUAGGUCAGUCUAGUCAGCAGCAUUUUGCGGACUGAAAAGAUUAACGUGUUUGGAUCUCAGACAAGUCAACAAAAUGCUUAUUUCAGUGGCUAUUUUUCUUAAAUAAAGUUUAAGGUUAAUGAUUAACAGCUACCUCUUAUUAUUUAGUCUAGACCUAAGUUUAAACUUAGAUAUCUGUAGUGAAUUUCAUUUUCUUUCUUUCUUUCUUUUUUUAUAAAUUCUGUGUCACUUUAGGUGAAUCUUAAAAUGACUGUUUCGGUCAUAUGUAGCCUAUGAAACAAAGUUAUGGUGCCAUUUUCCUGCUAUUAAUAGAUGAAUCAAAGCUGCUGUACUAAUGUGUUUUGGAAGAUAUAUUUACUAAUUGCUCAAGAAGUACAAUCAAAGUUAUCAUUUAUGGCUCACAGGUUGCAAUUAAUACUGAAUCAUUAAGACGUCAGUACCUUUAGUUGUCCAAAGUGUCACAUGUAGAGACGUAUGGCUGUAUUCAGAACUGAAUAGUAUGGCUGUAAUUAGGCGUUAGUUCUAAAACACUACAAUAUCCGUUCUAAUGAGAGUCAUCAAUCACCACGUCUAUCACCACGGCCUGACAAUUUGCUGUACUUUUUUCACAACAACAUUUUAAAUUACAUUUUGGUGUUUUCAGGGUAGUGUAAUCAUCACCCAGUAGAAUUAAGCGCACUGUUUAUAGUGUUAACAGUAUAUUGUACUUACAUUUGAAUACUUGACAUGAAGACCAGCUGACCUUCUUAUAUUCAGUGUCAUUUGAUUCAAAAUGUAGGCAGUAAUUUUCUGCACUAUUUUUUGAUUGGAGAUGAGUGCACAGGGUGUGAAAGGGCUUUUGUCAUUAAACUGAUGCUGUGGAUCACGAAUGCAUCAGAGAUUUUGCAUUAAAGAAAAAAAACAGCUAUUGUUACCCAUGCCAUGACCUUGCUUUAGGUGGGAAGUACAGGCUCAAUGAAAAGGUGAUCAUUUUUUAAAAUAAUAAAUAUAAGUGCUAAUGUAAUACAUUAAAUGU